CUCUCUUCGUCAACGACAGCACUCGUAAGGACAGGUAAGUCGUGUCCGGAUUGUGUGAGCGGGGGGGCGACGAGUACGACGAUAUGCUGCCCUGUCCUUAAGUGGCGUACUCGGCGGAAGAGGCGAGACAGGGAAGACAGAGAGGUCGCAUGUGGCGACAGUGCGGACUCGGGAGUGCGGAAGGGUUGGAGGAGUCGCUAGGUCGGUUUGGGGUUUUGGGGAUGCAGCCCCCCGGCCGCUGGAUGUUGGAGUACUGUGCCAAGGGACUUGUAGAUGACGCAGUGGUGCUGCUCCAGCGUAGCAAUGGUCUUUGCAAGCCAGCAUGCUGACCCUGGAAUCCUUGCACUGACCUGCAGCAACAAUGGCCGCCACGAGGAUUCCCAUUGUCAAGAAGAGGACAAAGAAGUUCGCUCGCCACCAGAGCGACCGCUUCAAGUGCGUUGGCGAAUCAUGGCGCAAGCCUAAGGGUAUCGACAGCUGUGUUCGCAGGCGCUUCAAGGGCAAGAUCUCGAUGCCCAGCAUUGGUUACGGCAGUAACAAGAAGACGCGUCACCUGAUGCCCAACGGCUACCGUCGUCUCGUCGUCUCCAACCCAAGGGAUGUUGAUCUCCUCCUCAUGCACAAUGGCUCGUACGCCGCCGAGAUCGCCCACAACGUUAGCGCAAAGAAGCGUAUCGACAUUCUCGAGAAGGCCAAGGUUCUCGGUGUCAAGGUCACGAACGCCAAUGCUCGCGUUCGCGCCGAGGAGGCUUAGAUUGGAUGACCCCUUGUACACCAUGUGUCUUUUUACACUCUCUUACCAUGAAUCACAUCGGCUUUUUAUAUGAAAAGUAUAGGCUUGCUUAUC